AGAAACACACUGAUCUCAGGAAGUUACAGUUUCAUCUAUUUUAAACUAAUUGAAUGCUUUAGAUGUUUAGAUGCUUUGUUUAUCUAAUACAUGGACAUUUCUAUCAAGAAGACACACCCAGAAUUGCGUCCACAAGAGCAAAAUUGUUUUGAGUAUUGCUGAAUUGCAGAAAUGUCCAACAACAGUAGCAGUCUUUGGGCCACCACGAUACAGAGUGUUACAACAAAUCUCCAUGCCACUGACGGGUUUAAGACUGAUAAUCAAAACAACUACCUAUAUGACUACUCUGAUUAUUUAAAUGGUGACUUUGGUGAAGCAGAACCAUGUUCAUUCAGGUCCCAAUCAGACCAUUUUCUCCCAGUUCUCUACUCGCUGUUCUUUGUGGUCGGCUUCCUGGGCAACAUGCUGGUGCUGUGGGUGAUCCUGAGAGGCGCUCAGAUGAAAAGCAUGACUGAUGUGUCUCUCCUGAACCUGGCCAUCGCUGACCUUCUACUAAUCUUCACUCUCCCCUUCCUGGCUCACUAUGCCAGAGAUACCUGGCGUUUUGGUGAUGCCAUGUGCAAGCUGGUCCUCGGUGUGUACUACAUUGGAUUUUAUGCUGGAAUUUUCUUUAUCGUGUUGAUGAGCAUCGACAGAUACUUGGCUAUCGUCCAUGCCGUGUUUGCCUUGAGAAUUCGUACAAAGACUUAUGGGAUUUUAGCUAGCAUGAUCAUCUGGAUUACAGCUAUUGCAGCAUCAUUUCCUGAGUUACUAUACCUCCGUACUGAAACAAACAAUACUGAAGUAAUUUGCACUGCUUAUCCAAAUGAUGAACAUAACAAGAUUAAGAGAAGUAUUGCUUUGAUCAAAAUGAACAUUGUAGGCCUCCUAAUUCCGCUGAUUAUUGUGGGAUAUUGCUACUCGAUGGUGCUCCGGAGGCUUCUGAUGCUUCGUACAUCCAAGAAACUGGCCAUUCGUCUUGUUGCAGUGGUCAUGCUGGUCUUCUUCUGCUGCUGGACACCGUACAACAUCACAGCAUUUAUCAAAGCACUGGAGCUGCAAGGAAUCCUGAGUUCAGGAUGUGAGCUCAGCAGAAAGAUCCAUCUGAUGCUGCAAGUCACGGAAGCCAUAGCGUACUCACACAGCUGCCUCAAUCCUUUUCUCUAUGUGUUUGUGGGGGAAAAGUUCAGGAGGCACCUCGCCAGGCUCCUGCGGCAGACGCCAUGUGUCCAUGUGCAGUGUAUGAAGAGCUACAUGACCCGGGCCGCAUCCUCUGUGUAUUCACAGACCACAAGUGUGGAUGAACGUUCAGUCGGUGUCUGAAAGUUCGGUUGUUGAAGGAACUAAUUUUUUACUGUACAUAUUUGCACUGCUUUGCAUAUACAGAGUUGAGGUAUACCUGGGUGUAGGAAGGAUUUAAUACCAAAAUUGAUGGAAUUAUUCAGUAUUGAGACCUCAGACAUGAUUUCAGUGCUAUUCAGAAGUUUGAUGGAAUGAUGAAGUUAGAAGAGUUGGGUGGAGUUUUGACCUUUAAAUCUAGUAAAAUGACCAACCCCUAAAAUGAGCUAUCAGUGUAAAAGAUGAAUGUUUGGAAUAUUCAACAGCUUAUAAGGUCUACCAAUAAUUUAAAAAUGCCAGCUCCUAUUUUUCUGCAGGUAGGCCAGUUUUAAAGAGAGCAGCAAAUCCAAACAAAUAGGCAAACUCAAGGUCAUAAUAACAAGCACAGGUCAAGUAAUCAGCAAACAGGGUGAAGAUGUAAGUCAGGAACCAACCAGGAACAAGAAUCAAGUACUAAUACAGCAUUAGAGAGGAACUGUGAGUGUGUUCUUGUGAUUUAAAACAGAUGAGAAGUCUGGUGACUGUUAAGGGAGGGUGUAUUCUGGGAUGUAGAGUCCAGUGCAGCUGUAUUUGUAGGUCACAGUGCAUCUUGGGAGUUGCAGGCCAGACCUGGCACUGAAGGUGCACACAACAUUUAUUGUGAACUACACACUGAUCUUGUUAAUAUGUUAAUAAGUUGUGUAAAUGUUAAUUUUUACCUUAACAUGAUUCUGAAUAUGACAAUCUUUGUCUGUGUAAAUAUUGAUGCAAAGCCCAGGUCACUGAAGGAUAAAUGGUUCGAUGUUGAGGCCAUAUUUGUUCCCAUUGAUGAUUUUAGAAGAUGACUAGAUUUUAGCUGAUUUUUAAAGGUUAGCUAAUAAACAUAGCUACACUGAUCAGGCAUAACAUUAUGACCACUGACAGGUGCCGUGAAUAACACUGAUUAUCUCCUCACCAUGGCACCUGUUAGUGGGUGGGAUAUAUUAGGCAGCAAGUGAACAUUUUGUCCUCAGUGUUGAUGUGUUAGAAGCAGGACAAAUGGACAAGCGUAAGGACUUGAGCGAGUUUGACAUGGGUCAAAUUGUGAUGGCCAGUAAGUAAAGACAAGUAAAAGUAAAGGCUGGCCUGUGUGAUCCGAUCCAAAAGACGAGCUACUGUUGCUCAAAUUGCUGAAGGAGUUAAUGCUGGUUCUGAUAGAAAGGUGUCAGAAUACACAGUGCAUGGUGGGUCAGGGCUGUUUUGGCCGCAAAAAGGGGACCAACACAACAUUAGGCAGAUGAUCAUAAUGUUAUGCCUGAUUGGUGUAUAGUAAACAUGGGGCAGGGACACAGUUUGCACAGUCUAGUGCGUAAAAUCUUGGCAUUAGAUGGGUGUGAGCUUGUAUUUGUAUAUGUUAAUGUUUAAUUUUAAAUGUUUUUUUUAAGUUGCGCAUAUUGUCAUGUACUUUGGUGUCAAAAUGUUGUAUGUGUUUAUGUGCUAGCUUCAGCAAAUCAGAGGUUUCUCUUUUUUGGAUUAGUGUGUGAUUAUAUGUAUAUAUCAGUAAUCUCUAUUAAACAGCACCAAACACACUGGGACACCGAGUAGUAUU